AUGGUGUGGGGCAAAGAGCCAGUCAAGCUCCUUGGGAGAAAAGUUGCCUAUGGCAUCCUCAAAAGAAGGCUGGAUACUAUGUGGGCAAAAUCUGGCGGGAUUAACCUCAUUGAUGUGGGGAACGGGUUCUUUGUGGUGAGAUUCUAUAGCGAAGAAGACUACUGGAACGUAUUAGAGGGAGGUCUAUGGCUCCUCUUCGACCACUAUCUGACCAUACAUCAAUGGGCUCCUGACUUCAACGCAUUUGGUGCUGAGAUCAACAAAGUCACUGCUUGGGUUAGACUACCGGACUUGCCGAUAGAGUACUACGAUAAACAAUUCUUGGAAACAGUAGGUGAUCAAAUAGGAAAGACGUUAAAGGUAGACAUGAACACGGCUAACCGAUCUCGAGGCAAGUUUGCAAGAUUGUGUGUCGAGUUGGACCUUAGCAAGCUGCUGGAAGCUAAAUACAUUGUGAAUGGUAGCACUUACUACAUUGAAUAUGAAGGGCUUCAUAUGAUUUGUUUUAGUUGUGGGAGAUUUGGCCAUGUGCAUGAUAGCUGUAUGAACACAUCUGGUCAAGCUAACAGUAGAGAAGAAAGGGAGGGUGUCCUGAACCAGGACGGAGAAGAGAAUAUUCUGGGUGCAAAUGAAGGAAGUGUCCAGAACAUGCAGGAAGGAGGGAACCAAACCGUCAAGGGCAAGGAAGUCAUUUCCGAGUAUUCUAAGUACAGUGCAUGGAUGGUGAUCAAUGGAUAG